AUGGAGCUGUAUCAUAGACCACUUGUUCGUCCGAAAUGUGGCUACACGGGCACUGAUUGCCCAAAGCCGUUCUGGGAGCAGUAUGGCGUGUAUGUCAUGGUUGGAGGAGGGCUCAUGGUAGUUUUACUGAUUGUGACGGUGGUUCUAUUUGUUUACGCUGUGAGAAUUCGGAAGGAAGAGGAAGAGCAGCAGCGUUUGCUAUGGCAGAUCCCAUCUACGAAGCUGAGAAAGCCACCAACUUCGCGAGAACUUCAACAGGAGAGCAAACGUUCUCUACAGUCGGGUCCAUCGACGAUUACCGGAGACUCAAGACUUACACAAUCAAGUUUCGGCGACUACGAGAUCCAUUUUCUCGAAAAUGAUGCUGUUCUGACCAAAACAUAUCCAGCAGUUGGAUUGACAGAGGAUGACAAGUCCAUAUUUCCCCAGAUGAGGAAAUGGGAUCAUGAUAAUGUUAAUCGAUUCAUUGGGCUUUCGAUUGAUGGCUCCGAAUACAUAGCUAUUUGGCGAAUGUGUUCCAGAGGUACUCUACAGGAGCUCAUCUCGAAGGGCUCAUUGUGGGUCGAUCCGUUCUUCAUGCUAUGUAUAAUGAGAGAUAUCGCUGAGGUAAGUCGUUUCAUAAAGGCAUUGCGAUCAAGGAAACCUAAGGGUACUCGCUUCCUGCAGAACUCGAUCAUUGAUUGUCACGGUCGCCUCUCUUCAAACUGUUGUUUGGUGACUGACAGUUGGCAAGUUAAAAUAUCGGACUAUGGCACCGAUUCUCUGCGAGAGAAUGAUCGUCUCAAGAAAAGACGUCUAUUAUGGCUAGCUCCUGAACAUCUACGAUCUCCGGAGACCUCGGUGAAAAAGUCCAAAGAGGGCGACAUAUAUUCUUUUGCUAUUAUCGCCUCUGAGGUGGUAACGCGGAAAGCGGCAUGGAACUUGAGUGAACGAAAAGAACGAGUUGAUGAAUUGCUCUAUAUGUUGAAAAAAGGAGGACCUGCACCACCUCGACCAGAUCUCAACGUAGACGGCGAAAUCAAUGUGGCGGUGCUUCACCUUAUUCGCGAUUGCUGGAACGAAAAGCCGGCAGACCGCCCAAACUGUGAAACUCUGUGCAAUAUGUUGAAGACGAUGAUGCCAGACAACAAGGCCAACUUAAUGGAUCAUAUGUUUAAUAUGUUGGAAGACUACACCACAACACUUGAGUUGGAUGUCGAAGAACGAACAAAGCAAUUGCAGGAGGAAAAGAAGAAGGCUGACGUUCUUUUGGGAAAGAUGCUGCCCAGGCAAGUAGCGGAUCGCUUGAAGUUAGGACAAGCAGUGGAACCAGAGAGUUUCGACAGCGUCACAGUGUUCUUCUCUGAUGUGGUCAAAUUUACUCAACUAGCUGCUAAGUGUACUCCGUUUCAAGUUGUGAACCUUCUCAACGAUCUUUACAACGGGUUCGAUUCAAUCAUUGAGGAUCAUUCCGCGUACAAGGUAGAAUCGAUUGGUGAUGGCUAUUUGUGCGUCUCUGGUCUCCCAGUAAGAAAUGGUUCAGCUCAUAUCAAGGAAAUAGCUGAGCUGUCACUAUCGUUCAUGAAAUUUGUGGAUGAGUUCAGAGUAGUUGCUCUUCCGAGAGAAAGAGUUCAGCUUCGAAUAGGACUAAACUCAGCGAGUCACAUUCAUAUGUCCAAGGAAGCGCACGACUUGCUUGUUAACGGAUACCAUGCAGACUAUGAGACACAGUCAAGAGGAGAAGGAAAAGGUGUGAUGGAGACAUUCUGGUUGAUUGGCCGUCGAGCAGCUUCCUCCACCAGAUUUCCAUCUGAAGAACGUGUGAAGCAAAAAACAGAAGAGCAUUCUGAGCAACUCAAAGACGAUCCAAACAUUUCUGCAGAGCUGAAUACUGCACAGAAGACGCCACCAUCGACUCCGGGCUCUGUUUCCUCUAAUACAAUGUACAAAGAGUACUUACGUAGCACAAUUGAAGUCUCAUAG